CUGUGGUUCUGGAUGUGAUGACCUUCAUUAUUUUGAUAGGUCCAUCAGUAAUUACUUCAAGCAUCUCAUCAUGUAAAGCACUGAGAUGUGCUUUCAUCCUUAUUUUCCAGUCAUCAAAUUUGUUCAAGUUGAACAGAAGGUUCUUUGCUAACUGACUGUCCAUUUUAGAAGGUGUUUGGGAAGUAGAGUGGCUUGGAUCUUUAGUUCAAAUUAGUCAGAAACUGACUCUAGGAACACUCAGCUCUGAUACCACUUGAUGGUCCUGGAUAGGGUAAAAGUCUAGAGGGGGGGGUGAAUAGACUUUUAAAUCUUUUUCAACUUUUUCAAGUUUUUGCCUCUAGAUGAAUUGAUCUAUAAUCUUUUGAGAGAUUAAUAGAUGCACAGCGGAAGUCUUUACCCUUUUUCUAAUGAGUGUGUGACAACUUUCUACCUUGAAUGAUGUUUGGACUUUAAACUGUGAGCAGUUGGCUAGAUGGCAGGGAACUGCUGAGGCAACUGCCAGUUGAAAAUAGGAGUUUGAGAAAGAUGAUAAUAUGGCCUUGCAGAGAAUGAUGAGGGCUUUCUGAAUAUAUGUUGAGCUGAAGAUAGUAAAGAGUUUUGCCUGAGCAGUGGUCUGAGCAGUUGGGUAAUCCCAGGAAACUGCUAAGCCGUCUGCUGCUUAUAAAGAGGUAUCUUUGAGGACUGACCAACCACACCUUUUAGUAGUGAUAUUUAAAGCUUGUGGGAAACAGAAGUCUCAAGGAAAAGUGAGUUAUUAAGCAGUAGGAUAAGCAGUAGAGUCAAUUAAGACGACUGCUUAGGAUGCUGCUGGCAAACUACGAUCCCUUUAGUGAGAAGUGUUGAGUGUGUGCUUUGGUGAGUAAAGGAGAAUCAACACACGAUGUAUCCUGGUUCAGAGGUGGUGUAAUCCUCCUACAUCCAGUCCCACCCUAUUUCAGAUGGAUUUCCACUAAAGUAUUAAACCCAAUACACUUAGUGCCAAUCUAGCCUUUACAACACUUAGGCCUAGAUUGAAGGUUUUUCACAAUGAGUAUAACACCUCUCAAAGUUACUCAGUCCUUAGACUUUUCUCAAUUGAUCCAGUGGGGAUCAAAAGGUACUCUAUCUAUCUAACUACACUUUAGGAUCCGAACAACUGUUCUCCUAAGUGUUUACAACCACUUGUGAAAUGUUACAAGAAAGUUCUAACCUCCAACUAUGAACUAAGCUCUAAAAAUGUGAAAGUGUUGAUCUAAUCUAAGAGCUUAGUGAAGCAUGAGGCUAAGCAGAGAGUAAAGUUGAGUUUGCACUUUCUCUUUUUGCUAGAUAGCUUCGUAUAUGCUUUGAUGAAAGUAUUUCUCUGCUUAGAAUGCUCAAGCUUGUUUUUGAACUCAUGCUUCUACCUAUAUUUAUAGGCCUUCAUGGUUGAUCAAUCUCAUCCGUUGGUUGAGAUGGAUUAAUCUUGUGCGUUGAGGGUCUGGCAAGGACGAAUUGUACAUUUGUCGUCUUGUGCAGGAGCUUUUAAUAUUUUUGUUUUCUGUCUUGAAUGAUUGGGCUGCGGUAUGGGUGUGUCUUCAGCCGCUGCAGCUUCACUCCAAGAAGUCCUCCCAUGCUGUAGGACCGUGUAUUUAAUUUUUGUCUUCCAAUCAAUAUUCAAUGUAUUCGAGCAUCUCAAAUGUGACCUAUAUUUAAUCUUUGAGUAAAAUGAUAUAUGCCGGUAGGAUUUAAAUAUCCUAUGAAGGUAAAAAGAUACCUUAUUGCAUUUUUAUGUAUCCGGUAAUAUAUCAUUAAUCUUAAAGAUUGUACAUUUAUUUUUGUCACUUAUGAUUUAAAUUUAAAUGUUACUUCUGAAAAUAAGACUCAAUGUAAAUUUGUUUAGUAUAGUGGCAUCAUCAAAAUCUAUCAAAAUUGGAGACUAACACAUCUUUUGAAGACCGGCCUCGUCCCCACACCUCGCGGACGAGGACCGCUGCUUGGUUCUUUCAGGUCGGCCUAUCAGUGCCGACACCAUUAUAUCACGACCGGCCUCCCGGCUCGGCGUGCUUAUCAUAUUUGAAGACCGGCCUCACCCUGCUCCUCGCGGAUGAGGGCCGUUGCUUGAUUCUGUCAGGUCGGCCUCUCAUUGCCGACAUCAUUACAUCACGACCGGCCUCCCGGCUCGGCGUGUUUAUCAUAUUUGAAGACCGGCCUCAUCCCCGCUCCUCGCGGAUGAGGGUCGUUGCUUGAUUCUUUCAGGUCGGCCCCUCACUACCGACACUAUCAUGUUAUGUUCGGCCUCUCGGCACGACAUAUUUAUCUUUUGAAGACCGGUUUCAUCCCCGCGCUGCGUGGAUGAGAGCCGUUGCUCGGAUAUAUCGGCCUGAUCGGACACUAUUGUCAUCUCCUUAUCAGGACCGACUGCUCAGCGGCAUUAUGAUCAUUAUUUGUCGGCUCCCAAUGCCGAUCCUCUUGAGUUUGUGAUCGGGCUCACGACUCCCCUCCAGGAGGGUGACCAUCGCCUUCGCAUGACGACCAGCUAUUCUAUCGCCUCGUCAUUAUAUUGUUCGCUAUGCCACCACCAUUAUGUGUGACAUCCCGUGAUCCCUGCGAGUUUCUUGGACGCCGAAUGUCUUCUUCGAUGUAGGAAGAUCGGUAGGACCACGGACCAGGGACGGACAAAGAAGAGCUAGGGAAUCUCGAUGUAGAUAAACCUGUUCCUCCUUGCGAGUUUCGCGGAUACCGAACGUCUCUUCGAAGCAAGAGCGCCGGUAGGACCAAGAACCAAGGACGAACGAAGAAUAUAGAUUGCCUCCCUCAAAAAAAAAAAAGAAAAAAAAAAGAUGGGGAGAAGAGGAGGUGAGCUCCUAUGUGGAAGGGAAUCUUGCCCGGGUGUGCCAGAUCUUCUCCCACCGCCGAAGACGAACGCCUCUCGAUGUAGAGGUUAGUAGAGACGCGGAGGGGGCUAGACGAACCAAGGGAGCCUUGCCAAGAUAAACCUGUUCAUCCCACAAACGACCAUGGAUCGAUGGACGUGGGAUAACAAAGCCGGGAACCCGUGAGGGUAAACCAGUUCGUCCCUGCGAGUUCCUUGGAUACCGAACGUCCUCUUCGAAGCAAGAGACGCCGGUAGGACUAAAAGGACCACGGACGAACGAAAAAGGGGGAAUCUCGAUGCAGAUAAACCUGUUCCUCCUUGCGAGUUUCGAGGAUACCGGACGUAUCUUCGAAGUAAGGACGCCGGUAGGACCAAGAACCAAGGACGAACGAAGACUAAAAGACUCUAAAAAAAAAAAAAGAUGCCAGAAGAGCACGGAGCAAAGAAUGAUUUUAUCCCUCGGCGCUAUUGGCCGGGAAGUACAAACUGAAAAACAUAUAUAAAGAAUAAUUACAAAACUUAAGUACGAAGAAUGAAGUGGCCGACGACGAUCGGCUAACAUCAGGCUUUCUUUUGCCUUGGACGACGAAUACCAGCUCCCCAGAUCAGACGGAGGGACAUCACCCAGAUUUUUUUCAGGCUCACCAUUCCUUCCUGGAUGGAGUCCUGGCAGACGAUCGGCUUCUCACAGCCAAUCAGGAUAGAGACUUGACACAUCACCAGCACGGCCGAGGGCCGUGAGACGAUUACCACUCACGAUUAUCACUAUUUUUAUGCAGUACGAUCGGCCCCUCAGCGCCAUCGUACCCAGCUCACGUUCAGCUCGUCCAUCCCUUCCAGGGUGGCGACGAACGUCUUAUGCAUCACGAUCGGCUUCUCAGCGCCAUCGUGUCUCUUUCACGUUCGGAUCGCCCCAUUCCCUUCCAGGAUGGCGACGAACGUCUUAUGCAGUGUGAUCGGCCCCUCAGCGCCAUCGUACCCAGCUCACGUUCAGCUCGUCCACCCCUUCCAGGAUGGCGACGAACGUCUUAUGCAGUGCGAUCGGCCCCUCAGCGCCAUCGUACCCAACUCACGUUCAGCUCGUCCAUCCCUUCCAGGAUGGCGACGAACGUCUUGUGCAGUGCGAUCGGCCCCUCAGCGCCAUCGUACCCAGCUCACGUUCAGCUCGUCCAUCCCUUCCAGGGUGGCGACGAACGUCUUAUGCAUCACGAUCGGCUUCUCAGCGCCAUCGUGUCUCUUUCACGUUCGGAUCGCCCCAUUCCCUUCCAGGAUGGCGACGAACGUCUUAUGCAGUGCGAUCGGCCCCUCAGCGCCAUCGUACCCAGCUCACGUUCAGCUCGUCCAUCCCUUCCAGGGUGGCGACGAACGUCUUAUGCAUCACGAUCGGCUUCUCAGCGCCAUCGUGUCUCUUUCACGUUCGGAUCGCCCCAUUCCCUUCCAGGAUGGCGACGAACGUCUUAUGCAGUGCGAUCGGCCCCUCAGCGCCAUCGUACCCAGCUCACGUUCAGCUCGUCCAUCCCUUCCAGGAUGGCAACGAACGUCUUAUGCAGUGCGAUCGGCCCCUCAGCGCCAUCGUACCCAGCUCACGUUCAGCUCGUCCAUCCCUUCCAGGGUGGCGACGAACGUCUUAUGCAUCACGAUCGGCUUCUCACCGCCAUCGUGUCUCUUUCACGUUCGGAUCGCCCCAUUCCCUUCCAGGAUGGCGACGAACGUCUUAUGCAGUGCGAUCGGCCCCUCAGCGCCAUCGUACCCAGCUCACGUUCAGCUCGUCCAUCCCUUCCAGGGUGGCGACGAACGUCUUAUGCAUCACGAUCGGCUUCUCAGCGCCAUCGUGUCUCUUUCACGUUCGGAUCGCCCCAUUCCCUUCCAGGAUGGCGACGAACGUCUUAUGCAGUGCGAUCGGCCCCUCAGCGCCAUUGUACCCAGCUCACGUUCAGCUCGUCCAUCCCUUCCAGGGUGGCGACGAACGUCUUAUGCAUCACGAUCGGCUUCUCAGAGCCAUCGUGUCUCUUUCACGUUCGGAUCACCCCAUUCCCUCCAGGAUGGCGACGAACGUCUUAUGCAGUGCGAUCGGCCCCUCAGCGCCAUCGUACCUGGCUUCACGGUUCGGCUCGCCCAUACCCUCCGGGAUGGCGACGACCGUCUUAUGCAGCACGAUCGGCUUCUCAGCGCCAUCGUGUCUCUUUCACGUUCGGGUCGCCCACUCCUUCCAGGAUGGCGGCGAACGUCUCUUAUGCAGCACGAUCAGCGCCCCAGCGCCAUCGUGUCUGGCUCACGUUAGGGUCGCCCAUUCCCUUUCAGGAUGGCGACGAACGUCUCUUAUGCAGCACGAUCAGCGCCCCAGCGCCAUCGUGUCUGGCUCACGUUAGGGUCGCCCAUCCCUUUCAGGAUGGCGGCGAACGUCUCUCAUGCAGCACGAUCAGCGCCCCAGGGCCAUCGUGUCUGGCUCACGUUAGGGUCGCCCAUCCCUUUCAGGACGGCGACGAACGUCUCUUAUGCAGCACGAUCAGUGCUUCCGCGCCAUCGUGUCUAGCUCACGUUAGGGUCGCCCAUCCCUUUCAGGAUGGCGACGAACGUCUCUUAUGCAGCACGAUCAGCGCCCCAGUGCCAUCGUGUCUGGCUCACAUUAGGGUCGCCCAUCCCUUUCAGGAUGGCGACGAACGUCUCUUAUGCAGCACGUCUGCCUCUCGGCGCUGACAUGCCCGGUUUAUCGACGAGAGCCACCGCUUUCUAUCACAUCUCACAUUCCUUCUCUCAUACAUUGCACCCAUACAUUACAUGCAUUCAUGCAUUCAUGCAUCAUACCUCAUACAUUCAUACAUACACACGUGCAUCGUGUUUUGACAGUACCGCGACGUCGGUUUAUAGAUGCAUGGACCUCCAAGCUUCUCCGAUUGGAAAGCUCGAGUCAGAGUCCUUUACUCCCCGCCUGAUGCAUUCAGGGGGAUUGUGCCCGUGGAGGAGCACCCUUCGCCCGACCCCGUCGGGAAGGGGGGUGCCUCACCGGCAGAUUACGUUCAGGAGUGCAGACACCCACUCAUAUAUUAUGAUUAUUCGAAGACACAGUUUCCAGCAAGACAGAGGAAGAGCGCAGGCAAGAGUAUAUUUUCUCGAGCAGAUUCGCACGCUCACUACUCAAGAAACUGGGGGACUUGUGUUGGGAUAUAUUAUCCCGGCCUAUUACUGUUCAGGAGCCCAGGACAUUAUCCAGUACGGAGCCCGAGCAGCUAGGCCCGUUUCGGCCCAUUCUGGCCCACUUUAGCCAUUUGGGCCCAUUCCGGUCCAUGCGGCCCGUUAGGGUGGAGAGCCCCCUUUCCCCCCUAUUUCCUAUAAAUAUGGAGCUUAGCCUCCAUGUAAAGGAUCCUCUUUUAGCUCCAUCCUCCUUCUUUUAGACUUAGCUCAAUACUCCAUUAAUGGGAGCUUGUACAAUGUAAUUGUGAGGAGAGUCCUAAUGAGAAAGAGAGGGCUUGGACAUUAGCCUAAAAAGUCCCGUGGUUUUCUCCCUUUCGGGUUUCCACGUAAAAACUGAGUGUUCAUACAUAUAUUUACUAUAUCGUGUUGGAUUAAACUCAACACGUUCUGAUAUAAUAGUCGGAGGAUUAAAGUCACAAAAAAUCAUCAAAUGAAUUAAAUAGGCCAAGUAAAUAAGUGUAAUAAUUGCUUCCUAGGGGAAGCCUAUAUCAUACAAUCGGUUGUACUCAUACAGCCGGUAUCAAUUUUGUAAUUUUUCGUAAAAAAUCGCAAAUACUGUUAAUUGAGCACCAAUACACUUUUAUUGAGCAUCAAGACUAUCCUAUUGACGGUUAGGAGCCUAUUAUUGAGUAUCGUUAUAUGUGCUCCAUAUUUUCUAAUUUACUUUUGUUUUUUCUUUUAGAGAAAACUGUCAAAUAGGUCCUCGAACUUUCAUAAAAAGGUCAAUUAAGUCCUUCUAUAGGAGGUUCUGUCCGGCCGUCGCGAUUUGGGGCAGUUCCCGGUGGAAUUUUUUGAUGAAAUGUUUUGAGCAUCUUAUUCACCAAGUCUAGUUUACUCAUACCAAAAUUCAGCUAAAAAAUCAAUCGGGAACACAUUCAAAUUAAUUCUUGAAGAUAACUGCGCAUUUUUGCGUUCUCGAAUUAUUUGACAGAGUUGAUGAAUAAGAUGCUCAAAAAAUUUCAUCAAAAAAUUCCACCGGGAACAGCCCCAAAUCGCGACGACCGGACAGAGUCUCCUAUAGAAGGACUUAAUUGACUUUUUUAUGAAAGUUCGAGGACCUAUUUGACAGUUUUCCCUUUCUUUUAUCAUUAUCAUCUUGAGUAUUUAUAAUCAAGUCAUAUGAAUUUCAAUUUUCAAUAUGUGAAUCUAAUUUAAUAUUAUACUUUUCAAAUACAUUGAUAUGAAAAUCAUAAGCUUUGUUAGUUAAGUAUCAAGACAUUUUCAUUGAGCAUCAAACCUCCUCUAUUGAACAUUGGAAAUCUACAAUUGAGUAUACAAUUUUCUGAAACUUCAUUUGAACAUCAAAACAUUUCAAUUGAGUAUCUUGUUCUAUACUAUUGAUCACCAAGAUUAUGUGUUGAGCAAUCGAACUCUCAAAUUAAAUACAAUGGGCUGUUAGGGGCUGGCCAUGGCAGAACAUCCAAGGGUUACUGUCGGGAAACUUCACAAUUGGCGGGAAGCCAAUUAAUGCAUGAGAUCUGGAGGAUUUUAUGGUUGGGAGAUCAUCCACUCAGGGUCGGCCACGUAACCCUCUCCAACCACUCACUCCUAGUAUAAAUAUCAGCAUUUAUUUCAUUGUAAGGGUUAGCAAUUUUGUACUCACAACACUAUACUUCCCUCUAGCUCUUGUAAUAGCCUUAAGGUCUGCCUAGGAUCGAAAUUCUUGUUCGACAAGUUAUUGUAACGAGGCCGUUUACUGAAA